AUUAUAUACAUGAGCGGAAGCCAGAAGCGUCACAUAUAUACAGUGAAUGGUUUCCUGAAAACUGGUCGUAAAUUGGGGGCGGGGAGGUCCCGCUAGAUUCCAACUUUUCUUUUUUAAAGAUCCUGAUAGCCCUUACCAGGCCGACCAUUCGUUUGGUUUUUGCUUGCAGGAUAACUCCAAGGGCUUUUACAAAGUUGGAAUCCUUUCCCAUCCAUCUCCGUAAUAAUUCGUAGUAUUUCCUUUCCAUUAACUUCUACGUAUGCAAGAUUUUAUUUACUAUAUAUAUUUUUUCCUAAAUUACUGUAGUGUCAGACUACUAUUUAAUCAGUCAAAGGCGACUACUACAUUUGCAGAUGAUGUACUCGUAGUCGGAGAUAGAAUCAUAAGCAGGGGGCCAAAAUUAUGAGGUGCUGAGUCAGCUGAAGGACAGCACCGUAGGCAACUCGCUUUAAAGAAAUUUGGAAUUUUGGAGCAGCCGCAGCAGUGGGCACCGGGCAGUGUAGGCAGUACCACCAGACCGCGACCACCCGCUACUUAAAUUAAACGUUCCUCUCUUCCCAUUUUCCUUCACCCCAAAGCCCCGAGCUUGCUGUAUGCCUACUAUACUGAGAGAAAGGGUCCUUGCUCUCAUUUCAUUUCAUUUCUUGUAUAAGAAAAUCUCCACGAUCCCCCCCCCCCCUCCUCCCUGCAGUAAUACAUUCUAUAUAAACAUAUAUACUACUGAUUAGUAGUAUUAGCUAGGACUAGGAAGAGGGGCUUGUCAGAGUUAGACGAUAUGGGCGAAGAGAAGAAAGAGGAAGCGAACAAGGAGGAGCAACAGAAACAAGUACCGGGAAACAAAGAAGAUACUAGUAAAAAGGAAGAAGAAGGGGACAAGAAAGAAGAAAAGAAGGAAGAAGAGGUUCAGGAGAUUGUUCUCAAGGUUUGCGCUAACUACACAAUACUACUACUAAAUGCUUCAAAUGCAUUUGCUCUUACCGCCCACCAAACAAAAUUAAUUGAUUACUAAUUUGGACGCUCUUCACAUCAUAUCAGUAAAAUCACCCCAUCAAAUUCUCUACUCCUCUCUCACAUAAUCGUGCAACCCCCAGUGUUGUCCUCAUUGAAAUAAUUGCAACGGCUGUCCGUAUAUCCCUUCCCAUGCCCGUACCUGAAACCAUAGCUAUCAUAACAGGGCGGCGGGGGCGCGGGCCGCCCAUAACCAUAGUAGCAUGGCCCCCCGUUGUACCCUUCCGAACAUGGGACACAGCAGAACCCCACUGGAACUGGCGGGUGAGAGCACGGUUCAGGUGAAGUCGGUGCUGGUGGUGGUGGUGGUGGUGCAAGUGCCAUCGGCUUUUCAACUACUGUAACUGGGGGUAUACUUCGACUGAUUAGUGACUCCUCCAAUGUUAAUUGUCCCCUUCCUCUCUCUCUGUCGUGCAAGUGAUUGCAUAUUUGUUAAGUAGACUGUUAACAACACAUUUGAAGGCGCAGCGCAGCGGAAUUUAAUUGAAUUGGGACGCUUGUAAUAUAACCAAACAGAUUGGGCUUUAUUUUCUCAAAUUUAUUUGUUUACAUCAUCGUUACAAUUUCCAAUACACCUUUUUACCUUUCCAA